AUGGCAACCAGUAUUAAUUUCUUUUCGUCGAAUUUUAAUGCUGAAUUGGUUUUAAAUGGUCUCAGACUGCCCUUCGACGAGGUCAAAAAUUUUGGAUCAGUUGAUAAAUUUGAACAACAUUUAUGGAAUACAAAUGUCGCACUGGUCACACAGUUACAAAAGCUGGAAUUUCGGGAAACUGUGGAGAAGAAAUCAUUUAAUGGACUCUCCAGGGAGGCUCGGCUAUCACAAAUGUGUGCACAAAGAGGAAGAGAUAUAACCGAACCUGUUCAGGAAUUAAGGAGAAACCUCAAUAAGAAAUGGAAUGGUAAUCUGUCCCGAACAGAGCAGGGACCAAUGAAACGUUUAGAAGAGUGUGUGGAACAAGGAUAUCCAGUGUGUAUUAGUUUACGAGGGCGGAAUCGUGUGAACUCAUUCAUUCAGGCUAAAGUUGUUGCGUUUGAUAAGCAUUGGAAUUUGCUGAUAAGAGACGGUGAUGAGAGUUUCAAGCCAACUAUAAGAAUGAAACGUCGAGUUACCAAAAGUAUGCAGAUAACAUCGCCACACCAGUAUUCUGAAAGCCAAUGCGAGAAUAGGAAAGGCAAAACGAAAAUACUAUGGCACCGUCAUCUGCCACUUUCUCUGAUACGUGGGGACGACGUUGUCCUGAUUUUCAUUUCUUCUCAAUUAUCUGUUAAGCAUUCUUUCCGGUGA